AUCGACGAAACCCCACUAUACUUCCUUAACGCUAUACCUACAGUACCUAGGUACGCAUUCCGUAAUCUGUAAUCCCCUACACGCCAACAAUCACGAACAAAACCAAGCGACUUCUUCCAACACACCAUUUUUCCCUAGGCAUAUACAUAACCCUCUCUUCGCGAGAAUAGCCCCGCUAAACCUCUUCGCAACUCUUUGCACCAUCCCUCUACAAUACCGCCAAGAUGAUGAUCAAAGUGCGAACCCUAACGGGCAAGUUGAUCUCGCUCGACGUUGAGCCCACAUCCAAAAUCGAGGACGUCAAGAAGAAGGUUGAGGAAAAGGAAGGCAUCACACCCGACCAGCAACGACUUAUCUACGGUGGAAAGCAACUGCAAGACCAACUUACAAUGACGGACGCAGCUAUCGUUCCCGACGCGACCCUACAUCUAGUUUUGACCCUGCGAGGAGGCUGCUAGACGUUUCUCUACUCCAAUCCAGCCCCCGAACGAUUUCGAGUCACACCAACCGUAAUCGAUACACUAUGUUCCUUACUCGCUAGAUAAUUCGUCGCAACAGACCGCAACAAUGACAACAGGAAGACUUAGGGCGGUUUAGAACCAUGGCAUAGGUUUAAGUGGCUGCAUACUCCAAGCGUGAGAAAAGGAAUAGGAAGAGUGGUGACGUGAACUCGUUGAAUGCAUUCCACAUAAACCCUCUAUCGCAGAUUUUCUUACCGCGGGGGGAAUCAUAACCGUUCACUUUUCCUAGGUCUCUAGAUGUUGCAUUGCGGAAAUAUUAUUCAUACAUAGGCUACGACAAGCGGAACAUAGGACAAUGCUACCAAGUGUAUCCUCUCGGAUUUAAAUGAGUUAAAUAUGAGUUUCGCUACUUCGAGCAGGCCAAUGAUUUAUGAAUAUUCUAUAACCAAUAAUGAGUAUCAUUCACGUGUCAAGCAAAAGUAAGGA